AUGGCGACCCCAAUGCUCACAAAUCCUUCGCUGACGGCCGCCGUGUGUUCGCUCGAACACAAGGCUUGGGCAGCGCUCUGCAGCUCUGGCUCCGAUAUUAUCCCACUCUUGUCGAGCAAUCCCGUCAUGAUAUUUCCGGGCGACAUGAUCCUAAGCUCCGUGUCCUCACCAACCGUUCACGAGAUGCUUCAGGGCCCCGAUUUCAGACCUUGGAAGUCAUAUAUCCUCAGCCAUGACGAAGUGGUUCCGCUGGGCAAAGAUAGCGCGCUCAUUUAUUAUCGCGUGGAAGCUACAAGAGACAACGAGACAUUCAGAGCCAUUUGUUCGAGUGCAUGGGUUCUCGAAGGUUCCAGCCAGAGUCUAGCGGGAGAAUGGAAGAUGGCAAGCCAUCAGCAAACCCUGAUCUAG